AAAAUGUAUUAACAAAAAAAGCAUUACUGGUGUUCAUCUUAAGGCAAAACAAAGGCAAUGACAUGUUUUAAGAUCAGUCAGUGCAAGUUUAUUUCAGUUAAGUUCAGUUCAGUUCAGAUUUGCAUUUAGUCUAGGAUUAGGUUUAAACCUUGUGUGUGUGUGUAUAAUAUAAUGAGGGGUUGAACAAUGAAACUGAACUGAAACACCUGGUUUUAGACCACAAUAGUUAGUAUGUUGUAGAGCCUCCUUUUGCAGCCAAUAAAGCAUCAGUUCCUGCAGAAGUCCAGCACAGUGACCAGAGGGUUUUUGAGCCAUUAUACUUGCAAAAUAGUGGCCAGGUCACUACGUGAUGCUGGUGGAGGAAAACGUUUCCUGACUCGCUCCUCCAAAACACCCCAAAGUGGCUCAAUAAUAUUUAGAUCUGGUGACUGUGCAGGCAAUGGGAGAUGUUCAACUUCACUUUCAUGUUCAUCGAACCACUCUGUCAAGUUAGCACCCGGACGUCCCUUUCAGACAACUUCCUCUUGAGUCCACAUUUUCUCCUGUUGCAUGUGGUUCGUCCUUCUUGGUGGUAUGCUGACAUUACCGUGGAUACCGUGGCUCUUGAUGCAUCACAAAGACUUGCUAUCUGGGUCACAGAUGUGCCAGCAAGACGUACACCAACAAUUUGUCCUUUUUUGAGCUCUUUUGAUAUGUUACCCAUAAUGUUGUGUGUAUUGCAGUAUCUUUAAGCAAAACGGUGCUAUUACUCUGCUUAUUAAACUUACUGCUCUUAUUGAUGCAAUGUGCAAUCAAUAAAGACUGGCCACUAGGCUGGUCAAAUUUAGCCAUGAAACCUCCAACACUAAAUUGGCCAGAGUUUCAGUUUCAUUGUUCAACCCCUGUGCGUGUGUCUGUGUACAUACAAAGAAAACCACCACCAAUGCCACAAAUGAAAUGAAUACAUGUACACCAGAACAUGCGUAAAUGAAUCUGCAAGUGUUCCCUAGUAAACUGGUUUCAUUCAAUCUGCUCUAGAAUAUGGCCCAACUCUUGCUGUAACAGUUCCAUACAUGCAUAUAAACGCUGUGCUUUAUUGCUUAUAAUUACAGUGAAUUUGUCCAGAAAUAUUUCCAUGGACCAAAUUAAACAGAGAGUCCUGAAACACUGUAAUUAGGUUAGGUUUAUUGAGUCCUUUUCAUUGAGUAACAGGAAAGAUGAUAGAGUGCUCUUGGCAGUGGAGAGAUGGAGGCGGGGCUGUAUCUGAGCCGUCUGGCUCUCGCACGCAUGACAUCACUAUUACCCAGUGGGAGUGUUCCGCCUUUUCUGGUGAUGUCACUGCUGCCCAAUCAGAAGCCUCUGUUUUGAUGCUGCAGUGAAGACCGUCAGCCAGUGAAAAGACUAGCUUAGAGAGUGAAAGGUGUUUUAUGCACGCCACACGAACAGCUGUGCCCUUGUCCUUCUCAUCUACCAACCGGUUUCAUUGACCUAGUUCUUUCUGUUUUGUUGCUCAGCCAUUUCGAAGACCAGCACGGAACCGGAGCCUAUUCUGAUGUUUUGCAGGGUUCUGGAUAUUGUUUAGCAAGUGCUUAUUUAUUCAUCAGCUUACUAGAACCCUAAACCUUGCAAUUAGGCAGCAGCUUUAAACACAAGCCUUCUUGAUCUGAAAACAAACAAAAUGCAUUUUUAUGGCUGUGAAUUAUCUUCACGAUUCAGACAUGCACAAAUGAGUAUUACAGUAUGAAUCAUUUACAUCUGGUGAACCCUUUCUUCACUUUUAGACAGAUUUGUGUAAUCUAAAGUUCAAGAAGGUAAAGCCUGUUUAUUGCUCACUUGCGUUUAUCAUUUUUGCUGAUUGUAGACUGGGCCUUGUUUGUUUAGCAGCAUCUCAGUGACAAGAGCCAAAUUCCAGCCCACAAUGUGUUGUGAAUAACAUUACCUAUAUUAUAAUUAUUUCAUUUUAUCUGUCACCUUCUAAUGUAGCAUGAACAGAGAGGAUUAUAAUUGCCUGUUUAAACCUCCGUUCAAGCCAUGCACUUUGCCUGUAGUUCACCCUGUUUACAUCAGUUGCUUGCUUCUUAAGUCUGAAGAUUUCAUUUGUCUAAGCCUCUUUGGGGUGCUUUGGCCUUUUUGACCACGAUGUACUUGUGGUCCUGUGUGCCAUAUGUCCAUAUAUAAACUUGAGAUCCUUUUAGGAGACUUGAUUAGUACUGCAUUUCUCAGAUCACACACUUUUUAAGCUCUGUUCCCUACAGAUACAUGUGAUUGCAGAAAUAGAUUGACUUGCUUUGAGCUUCAAGACCUCAAUCCCAGUGGGUUAUUGCACAGGAGGAGCAUUUUUUGUGUUUGAUCAAUGCCACUAAAACCUCAGAAGUGAAAGGUAAAGCGGCAUUGAUCGCCCCGUUUCCUGAGGUCGACAAAACACUUGUCGUACAUGAUUGACUUGUGUCUACAAUGUACAGAAAAUAAGUUGCAUCCAAAUACAAAUCUCUCCAGGUCAUUUCAGAUAAUUGAAAGACAAUUUACAUUUCAUAAAAAAAUAUUUGUAUUUUAUUUACUUUUAUAUAUUGCAAUACUGGCUGCAUAUAAUUUAGGAGUGUGUAUUUGUGUCUAUAUGUCUUGGCCUCCCGUCACCCGUCUUACUGAGAUUAUGGCAGACUCUCCCGGGAAAACAGAUUAUGGAGACGGCUGGACCUCUGAGGAUGAUUAUGCGCUGUACGGUUUUUAUAUGGACAGCCAGGUUUCCAAUUUUUGAUACUGGGAUUGAUUCCCUUAAUUUGAAUAACUUUGUCCAGUCCAUCAGCAUUGCAUUUCUAUUCAAUUUUACUGACUCAAGUGCUUUCACAUCAACUCUAAGCAUAAUCCCCUAUGGUCUGGCCCUGGUGUGUGGUGGUAAAGAGAGGGCCACUGCCUCAAACGGUGUUGAUUCCCUCCUCCACACACACACACACACACACACACACACAGAGUACAUCCUCUUUUCUCCUCCCCCUCCCUCUCAUAGCCAGUGUGUAGGUUGCUUUAGGAUAGCCGGAGCGCUCAUGGUGGAGACCGCUGUGGUCGUUGCGUUUUACAGGGGGUCCGAUACCUCUUUCGGGAUGGGGAUGUUGAACGAUCGCGUUCUGUUGGACUAGAACGGGCUGCGGAUGAACAGAGGACGCAGUGUCUCCAAUGCAUUCGGCUAGUUAAUCUGAAUGUGCCGUCUGUUGUGUCGGCGCAGUGCCAUAUUGAGAGGCUACUGUAAAAUAAACGUGGGCAUCACGCAUUGAACCGAGAAAACACCCAAUGACAUGUUCGAUACAGCCAGUAAUUCUCCGCGCAGUACUCCCGGCAGCUCGCCCUCUCUGCGCCGCCGUGUGCUGGGAGGGAGAGCCAGCGAAGGGGAGACGGGCGGGGACAGAAGCGCUGGGGGUUCAGAGAGCCCUCUUCCUCCCACUCCCUCUUCAUCCACUUCCUCCUACCCGCUCGCGGCCAGACACUUCACCCGCAAUGCCAAGAAAAUGCAGAGCUGGUAUAAUGUUCUCAGCCCUACAUACAAACAGAGGAAUGAAGACUUCCGUAAACUCUUUAAAAAGCUUCCUGAUACAGAGCGUCUCAUAGUGGAUUACUCAUGUGCACUGCAGAGGGACAUUCUGCUACAGGGCCGUCUCUACCUGUCUGAAAACUGGCUCUGCUUUUAUAGUAAUAUCUUCAGAUGGGAGACUACGAUAACCAUACUGCUGAAAGACGUGACCAGUCUGACCAAGGAGAAGACGGCCAAGCUCAUCCCCAACGCCAUCCAAAUUAGCACUGAACACGAGAAGCACUUCUUUACGUCAUUUGGGGCAAGGGACCGCAGCUACAUGAUGAUCUUCAGACUAUGGCAGAAUGCACUGAUGGAUAAGACUCUGUCUCCUAAAGAGCUAUGGCACAUCGUUCACCAGUGUUACGGCACUGAGCUGGGGCUCACUAGUGAAGAUGAUGACUACGUCUCCCCUACUGCUGAACAUAUGAACGGCCUGCUGCCAGGUGAGGAGCCGGUCUCCGUCACUGACCUGCUGGAUCUGGGUUCAGUGUCGGUGCCUCCGGUGGGCUCCUCUCCACCCUCAUCUGCCUCGGUUCUUCCCUGCGCUUCAGGAUCUUCACCUCCAUCCUCCUAUUCCUCCUCCUGCCAGCCUGUGGAGGUGCCAUCUACUCGGGCCAGCAUCGAGCCUGAGCCCAGUCCACCCAGCUCCCAGAGCUCAUUGCCCCCCGCUACAAACACUGGAGCUGCCUCGCCUUCAACCGUCAUGGAAGAAGGCGGGGACAGCCAGUCAGAAUCGGCCAAUCAGUCACUUCAGUCUCCUCCCACUGUCCCACACAGCCUGGGAAACCUCUCGUCACUGGAUAUCACCAAUGAUGAAGAGCUCCCAACUGACCCCAGCAAUUCCUCUGACACUCAGGAAGAGAGUGAGGUGGAGUCCUUCUGUGCGGAUCUCAGCGGCCGGUUGCAUAUCAACACUGUUGUUCGCAUGAGUGUGGACAAGCUCCACGACCUGCUGUUCUCAGACACUCACUUCAUACAGCACCUCUUCUCACAGCGUCACUUCACCGAUCUCUCUGUGCACGAGUGGCAGCAGGACAGCAGCAGUGGGAACAGCAGUAGAGUUUUGAGUUACACCAUUGCCAUCAACAACCCGCUGGGCCCAAAAACUGCUCCUGUGGUGGAAACACAGACUCUCCACAAGAGCAGCACCCGGGGGGAGUGUUAUGUGGUGGACUCGGAGGUCAUAACCUCAGGCAUCCCCUACCAGGAUUACUUCUACACUGUACACAGAUACUGCCUCACCUCUGUCAACAAGCACAAGAGCCGCCUCAGGGUCUCAUCUGAUAUCUGCUACAGGAAGCAGCCGUGGAGUCUUGUGAAAGCUCUGAUAGAGAAGAACACUUGGAGCGGCAUCGAAGAGUAUUACAGGCACAUGGAGAUGGAGGUGUGUAAGCUGGAAACGCUGUUACAGUCGGAAGUUACUGUAGUGAGCACCGGGGAAGUGCCUUCCGCAGACUCCGCCAAGACUCCCCCCGGCCUGCGCAGACGCAAACGCAACUGUCCCAGACGAGCGGGAGAUCGGGAGAGAGAAAGAGAUGGAGCGGGAGGAGGCGGCGGGGAGCGGGGCGACCGAGGAAUUGGAGAUGAGCGAGAAAGGAGGGAAGCUGGUGCUCAGUAUGUGAAAUUAGGGGAGAGGUGGCGUGGAGCCGGCAACAACAAUAGCAUCUCCACCAUACUGCUAAUUGUGAGCUUCAUGAUCUGUGUCAGUCUGGUUGUUCUGGUGGCUCUGAACAUGAUGCUCUUCUACAAACUCUGGGCGCUGGAACGGGCUGCACACACACUGGAGACCUGGCAUUCGUACUCAUUAACUGACAGUCCUCUUCCUCAGACAGCAGGAGAGUGGGCCCAGGUCCUGCAGCUCCAGAGGCAGUUUCACCAGGCCCAGAUGAACAAAUGGCAGCAGAUCCUACAGUCUUCUGUCACACUGCUGGAUCAGAUGAAGCAGUCUCUGGAGAAGCUCCACAGAGGAAUGAUCACACCUGAGGUGCAGCAGGAGUCUGAAUCAGAAGCAGAAACGCUGACGGAUCAGUGAGAGCGUACGGUAACUCCUUCACCUUACCGGUUACAGACUGUGGGCCCCGUGACAUAGCCGUCCACGAGUGGCCGAAUCAUAGACUGGAGACGGUGCUCAACUCAGUGACUUUAAUGUUGGGAUGGAUGUGGGUAUCUUCUAGCUCACCCUCGUGUCCCAGCAGCAGCUACAGGACUUUAUACUAGCUGUAUAAAACACAUUCAACUCUUUUUAUCAAUCAGAAAACCAUGAACUUUGGGUCUGAAGCAAUAACACGUAUGUACGGGAGCGCCUGUGCUGCAUCUUGAGCCGAUUGGUCCGUACCGCGUGUCUGAAAACUGAAUUUUAUCAUGGAUCUUUCAAAAAAACAAAAAUGAAAAAAAAAAAAAAAACUGCUCGAGAGGGAUGCGCUACAGGUUUUUAAAGAGGGAAAUGUCUGAAAUCAACCUCCGAGAGACCUCUCAAACGUCAUUUCACAAAUCUUAUUUUUACGUCGUCAUGGAAGACAAUUUCAAUAUUUUUCAGCUGUUACUGAAACUGAAGUGUGUUAGACCAUUGCAGUAUUUAUUUAAUAGACUUGAAUUACAGUCUAACAUCAUUGUUUCUGCUCAAACAAGGACCAAUGUAGAAAUGGAUGGAACAAGUGGUAUGGAUAUGAAUUCCCAUUUUUAGCAAUAAUCGUGUGGAAAAAUUGUAAUGGACAAUUAAAAGUUAACCUGUAAGAAAGAGUGCAAAAGUCAAACUUCCCGCUUAGGUCAGAGUACCGGAGUGAAGAUUGUUUUACAAUUUUAACCAGUUCUUCUUUCUCCUUAAUGUUUUAGUUAUUGUUGUUUUGAAUUCCUCUGUAUUUAUGAUUUUAUGGGUGGAAAGGAGCUGUAUUUGUGUAGUCAAGAAACUUGUGGAGUUUCACUGGAAUCAAACUUGAACUGUUCAGGGUUACUGUUAGCUUGAGCAGCUGACUGUGCACGCAGAUCGAAGAACUUGAGUUGUUCCUCAGGCUGGAUGUUUGGGACCAACCCGCAGCUCAAGGUCAGGGGGACCACUGUCAUUUCACUCAACACUGUAGGCCAGUCUCACACAGAACAUGUCUGGGGGGGUUUUUGUUCGUUUUUUUGCAUUGUGGCAUUUUUAUGACCGUUGAGCAUCAUAAUUUUUGUUUGUGAUUCUCACUCCUCUAAUGCAAUAACGAAAUCCAUCCUGUCUUGUGCAGACAAUUAUUUUGCAUUAAAAUAAGCAUCAUUUCAAACAAAUGCUGUAUAAAUAAAACGUCAAUUAUCUUCAGUAAUGGGGAAACCGAAAUAAAAACAUCACAAUGCAAAAAAUACAGGUUUUAAUGUGAAAUAUGAUGUCCAUGUUCUUGGUGAGAUUAACCAAGAAGCUAUGGGGUGGAUUUUUUAGUUUUUUGGUCCUUUGUUUCAUUAUUUUCAUUUGGACUGUCUGUUACCGAUGUCCCUGUCCAGCCGUUUCAUUUCUGUCCCUGUAUGUGUCUCGCUCUGUGGUGCCCUUCAGCCUCAGUGAUCUCUCCCUCCUCCGAGUGUGUCUGUCGUCUGUCUGUCUGUCUGUCUGCGGGCGCUGCUGUGCAAAGCCCUUGCUCUGAGUGAUGAAAAAGCGUGCUAUUUAUUCUGGUCAGGGAGGGAGAGAGCGAAGGUGGAAUGUAUUGUAUAGACACGAUUGUAAAGAUGACUUGUGACGGUCACAAAUGUAUAAUAAAAAAUGCCAAAAAAUUGUA